AUGGAUGUUUAUGUAAAAGGGUUAGAUCUGGGUGCUGAAUAUUUUUCAAAUGGACGCACUGCUUUAACGUUUGGAGAGCAGAAGAUAAAUCUUCACAUUGCAAACGCAUCUCCGAUCCUGCCUCGAGCGAAUUUGCGAAAUCCUGGAAGUGCCGAUGCCCUGUCCGACAUAUGGGUAAGAAGUUUAUAA